AUGACGAUAGAUGAGGAAACCUGCGGGGCGCUUCAUCCCUCCGGAAUGUGUUUUCCCCGACAUUUUCCGGGCCGCGGACGGGAUCCAAGUGGCUGUGGACCUCCACAAACGUUAGGGGUCGUGUCGUCUGUAAAUUUGAUCUUCAUUGGAGCUUCACGGCCGUUGUACAUCAUGCAGCCACAGAUCAAAUCCCUCCAUGCACGAUAUCGAACCGGAGGGGCGGACAUUCUGCAAAGCGUUUACCCGAUGGCCACCGGAUGUGGACGCUUUCGACUCCCUAACGAAAGCUGCAUACUCAGAUUAAGGAUAUACCAUGAUGCACAAUCCCAAGUGGAUUGCACUACAAAGCCGGGACAAGAAAGACAAGCAUCUCCCAACUCGCUUUUACUCGUCGUUGAGCUGACAUUUAUAAUGCCAUUUCCUGUGUCAAUAACUUUCCUCCAUUAUUCAAAGAGACCCAAUCCAUGGACUCACGCAAUCAAUUUAUCAUUCUUAAACAAAUCCAACAUUCACUCACAUAUCACUUCACCUUCAUUCACCUACUCAAUACCUACUCAAUACCUACUCAAUACCCGCUCAUGGCAGGAUCUGCCUGACUCUGCCAAGCAAUAUAGCACGUGCAAUGAGCUGACUAACGCUAGCGCCAACAACUUCAUCUUUCUCAAGACCAGCUUUCUACCACCAGCUUUCCACCACACGCACUCUGAUCCAUUACUCUGUCUUCUGCCUCUGUCGGUUUGA